AUGUCUUCGCGGACGGCGCUGGCCCCGGGCAACGAUCGGAACUCGGACACGCAUGGCACUUUGGGCAGUAGCCGCUCCUCGGACAAGGGGCCGUCCUGGUCCAGCCGGUCCCUGGGUGCCCGCUGCCGGAACUCCAUCGCCUCCUGCCCCGAGGAGCAGCCCCACGUGGGCAACUACCGCCUGCUGAGGACCAUCGGGAAGGGCAACUUUGCCAAAGUCAAGCUGGCCCGGCACAUCCUCACGGGCCGGGAGGUUGCCAUCAAAAUCAUCGACAAAACCCAGCUGAACCCCAGUAGCCUGCAGAAGCUGUUCCGAGAAGUUCGCAUCAUGAAGGGCCUAAACCACCCCAACAUCGUGAAGCUCUUCGAGGUGAUCGAGACUGAGAAGACGCUAUACCUGGUGAUGGAAUAUGCAAGUGCUGGAGAAGUAUUUGACUACCUCGUGUCACACGGCCGCAUGAAGGAGAAGGAAGCUCGAGCCAAGUUCCGCCAGAUUGUAUCGGCUGUGCACUACUGUCACCAGAAAAACAUUGUACACAGGGACCUGAAGGCCGAGAACCUCCUGCUGGACGCCGAGGCCAACAUCAAGAUCGCCGACUUCGGCUUCAGCAACGAGUUCACGCUGGGCUCGAAGCUGGACACGUUCUGCGGGAGCCCCCCGUACGCCGCCCCGGAGCUGUUCCAGGGCAAGAAGUACGACGGGCCGGAGGUGGACAUCUGGAGCCUGGGCGUCAUCCUGUACACCCUCGUCAGCGGCUCCCUGCCCUUCGACGGGCACAACCUCAAGGAGCUGCGGGAGCGCGUCCUCAGGGGGAAGUACCGGGUCCCGUUCUACAUGUCCACGGACUGUGAGAGCAUCCUGCGGAGGUUCUUGGUGCUGAACCCGGCCAAACGCUGUACUCUGGAGCAAAUCAUGAAAGACAAAUGGAUCAACAUCGGCUAUGAGGGCGAGGAGCUGAAGCCAUACACGGAGCCGGAGGAGGACUUUGGGGACACCAAGCGGAUCGAGGUGAUGGUGGGGAUGGGCUACACUCGGGAAGAAAUCAAAGAGGCCUUGACCAGCCAGAAGUACAACGAAGUGACCGCCACCUACCUCCUGCUGGGCAGGAAGACCGAGGAGGGUGGGGACCGGGGCGCUCCAGCACUGGCCCUGGCGAGGGUGCGGGCUCCCAGCGACACCACCAAUGGGACAAGCUCCGGCAAAGGCACCAGCCACAGCAAAGGGCAGCGGAGCUCCUCGUCCACCUAUCACCGCCAGCGCCGGCACAGCGACUUCUGCGGCCCGUCCCCCGCACCCCUGCACCCCAAGCGCAGCCCCACCAGCACGGGGGAGGCGGAGCUGAAGGAGGAGCGCCUGCCCAGCAGGAAGGCGAGCUGCAGCGCUGCGGGCAGCGGGAGCCGGGGGCUGCCCCCGUCCAGCCCGAUGGUCAGCAGCGCCCACAACCCCAACAAGGCCGAGAUCCCGGAGCGGCGGAAGGACAGCGCCAGCACCCCGAACAACCUCCCCCCCAGCAUGAUGACGCGCAGGAACACCUACGUCUGCACGGAACGCCCAGGGGCUGAGCGCCCAUCCCUCUUGCCAAAUGGCAAAGAAAACAGCUCGGGUACCCCACGGGUGCCCCCCGCCUCCCCUUCCAGUCACAGCCUGGCUCCCCCGUCCGGGGAGCGGAGCCGCCUGGCGCGGGGCUCCACGAUCCGUAGCACCUUCCACGGGGGCCAGGUCCGGGACCGGCGGGCAGGGAGCGGGGGAGGCGGGGGCGUGCAGAACGGGCCCCCGGCCUCUCCCACGCUGGCCCACGAGGCCACACCCCUGCCCGCCGGGCGGCCCCGCCCCACCACCAACCUCUUUACCAAGCUGACCUCCAAACUGACCCGAAGGGUCUCAGACGAACCUGAGAGAAUCGGGGGACCUGAGGUCACAAGUUGCCAUCUACCUUGGGAUCAAGCGGAAACCGCCCCCCGGCUGCUCCGAUUCCCCUGGAGUGUGAAGCUGACCAGCUCGCGCCCGCCCGAGGCCCUGAUGGCAGCCCUGCGCCAGGCCACCGCGGCCGCCCGCUGCCGCUGCCGCCAGCCGCAGCCGUUCCUGCUGGCCUGCCUGCACGGGGGUGCGGGCGGGCCCGAGCCCCUGUCCCACUUCGAAGUGGAGGUCUGCCAGCUGCCCCGGCCGGGCCUGCGGGGCGUUCUCUUCCGGCGCGUGGCGGGCACCGCCCUGGCCUUCCGCACCCUCGUCACCCGCAUCUCCAACGACCUCGAGCUCUGA